AUGCCCCGAUUGAAUAAGCGUCAACAGCGCGAGCUCGAGCCACUUCGGGGACUUGAGACCGUUCAGGGUCUUGAAGGGAAGCAAAGCUUAUCUGAUGAUGAUCACAAAGCAGCCCCAGUUCUGAGCCGGACGGCUUUUGCAGCGCUGGAAGUAAUGGAGGUUGAUGACGAGGAAGAGCACAUCGGUUCAUCCACUGCAAAGAAAUCGAAGAAGAAAAGGGGAAAGAAGAACCAGGAAGAACUUGGUGAAAAAACCAAUACCCAAUCGAAGGCUGGCGCCAGGAGAACUGAGGCGAAGAAAAGCAAGGCGCCUGUCAACGACAGUGCGGAUCUCUCGUUGGACGAACUGAUCCUCGACGAUUUCCCCACACAUCCUCCGCCGUCAAGAACACCACCUCACCAAAAAUUUCGGGAGCUGUUGGCAGUUUCUCUAGUGCACCUUGAUGGCGAUGCUGAGUUACGCCGCUUUUUUGGUGCCAAAGUCAUCUCCAGCGCGAAGUUACUCCAAAACGCCGCACCAUCACCGUCCGGUCUAAGCUCACGCAACCGCCGAGCACUUGGUCUAUCAAUGCCUGCAUUAUUGCCAGAGGAUUCCUGGUGGACUGUCGAUCAUUCAAAUCCAUAUAAAGAAGUCCAGCAUCAAUUCCUUUCUGUUGUCGAGAUGGGAGACCAUGCCGGUUUUGUUCAAAUAUUGCGCGAGCACCCGUGGCAUAUCGACACUCUAUUGCAGAUGUCUGAAGUUGCGCGCCAUCAUGAAGAACAUGCUCAAGCCUCCGAUUUCGUUCAGCGUGCGAUAUUUGCCUUUGAGCGGUCAUUCGGCUCUGCGUUUAACUUCACUGCGGGGUCUUGUCGACUGGAUUUCGAUCACAUUGAAAAUCGAUCGUUCUUUCUCGCGCUGCAUCGACACAUUAUUGAUCUGCAACGACGGGGAACCAUACGCACUGCCUUCGAAUUCUCUCGGCUUUUGCUCUCUUUGGAUCCUAUAGAAGAUCCGCAUGGUGCGCUAUUUCAUUUGGAUUACCUUGCUAUGAACGUCGAGUUGAUCCCUGGCUGGUGGUGGUCUCGUGCCUUAGCAAUCUGGAAUCUGGAAACUUCGAAAGGUGAUAAGACAGCCAAUGAGAGCACCCAGGCCCUACAAGAGGCAAUCAAGGCGUAUCCUCAAGUGCUUCCUAUCCUUGCUGAUAAGGCUGGGAUCGGACUUUCCUCCCAAGUGCGUGGCCAUCAAGCUUUCCGUAUUGCAACCGGGUGGGAUUCCUUUGAUCCCGGCGAGUCCACGGUCAAUCUGUUGUCACACCUCUAUGCCCACCGCUCCGCAGAUGUCUGGAAACAACCAAAUGUGUCUUCGUGGCUUGUGUCUGCAAUCGAUGCCAAGUUCCUCAAUGGACUCACAUCUGAACCUUCACCAACCCAUGCGGUGGCAGUUUCGAAGUACAGCUCAGGGACACCCCAAAAUAUCACACGUCAUGUAAUUGUCACUGAAAUACGCUCUCUCUUUUCGUUCCUCGAACCACAAACUCUGGCAGGGUCGAUGGCUGCAUAUGAUCCAAUCCCGCCUGUCACAUCCGUCUCGAGAUACGAUGAAUCUUAUUUCCGUGGUGUUUCACGCCGCCGGGCAAACCGUGGUCAAAAUGCUGGACCGGGGAUCGAUGACGAAAUGCAACAACGCAUGAUCCAAGAAAUGAUAUUUGCCGAAAUACAACGGCAACAGCAGCGUGAAACCGCCAUGCCAGGAGAGUUCGAUCAGCAGCCCCCCAACCAGGUAGACGUGAACAGUGAGGAGCAAGAGGCGCCGGAAGGCGAAGGGAUAGAAGAGAAUGAGAACCUUCAAUUCGACAUCGGAGCGAGGCUUUUACAAGCCAUGUACAAUGUAAUAUGGGGAAGUGGAAGACAGAAUGACGCCACUGAACCUGCUACAGAUACGUAA